AUGCGUCACGUUCAAGCUACAGCCGUCGCUCCGCAUCUCUCGCUAAGAGCUCUUACUUCGCUGCAUCCCGUCCCGGCCUUACCGAGCGGCAUCGCGCACUCGCUUGAAACUGGAAUCGCUGCCACGUUGCUCGAACCGCAUAUCGUGUCGCCAUCCCACGCCGUACAAUCGCGCCUCGCUCAGCCGCAGCCGUGGCGCCGUGACGAGCCACCGCGCUGCCCGCCCCGCCAUCCCUUGCCUCCUCCUCUUGCCGCCUCGCCCCUCGUAGGCAGUUCGAGUGGACGGCUGCGAUCGGUGGGUGCGGGCGAGAGCCAUGUGAUCGCGCGUAGUCGCACGAGGAGCUUCGCCCGCAGCAGUGCCGGUGGCAGUGACGAACGGAGUGGCGGACAGAACAGCGAGGCGCGAUUAGAAGGCGAAAGCUGGGGUGGUAACCACACGGAGCGAGGUGGCAAGGCGAAGGCGCAUGCGAUGGAGGAGUACCUGCGGCGGUUCGUGGACUACGAGCAGCAAGGCGUGCCCAACGGUGCUGCUGCCGCCGCUGACGCCGCGGUCAAGGCGGGUGCAGGCCUGGCGGAGGGCGGUGCGCGUGCGGGCGAGCAGGGGAGGGCAGGCGAGGAGCGGUUCGACCUGCAGCGCAUGCAGCGGCUGAUGGGCGCCCUGGGGUCGCCCGUGUCGCAGUACAAGGUGAUGGUGAUGGCGAUGGCGCGCAGGGGGGGAGGCAGCACGGGCGAUGCAGGGGACGGAGGGUACAUUGUCCUCACAGCACACAUUGCGCAUCUCAACCGCAUUGUGUUUGCGCACAUUGACACAGCACAGCACGGAGCGCCUUGGUGCGAUUGUGCUGCUCUUGCAACGUUGUGCUCAUGUGCGGUGGUGCAUGUGGCGGGCACCAAGGGCAAGGGCUCCACCGUGCAUUUCAUUGCCAGCAUUCUGCGUGCGGCAGGCCUCGCUGUGGGCACGUACACCAGUCCGCACGUGGAGCGGCUGAACGAGCGCAUCGUGGGCCCCACGGGGCAGCCGGCCAGCGAUGCGCAGCUGGCGGCACUGGUGGCUCGCCAUGGCAGCACAGUGGACGCCGUGUGGCACGACGAGAAGCGGCGGGGGGGCGUGCUCUCACACUUUGAGUUCCUCACCCAUGACUGUCCCUUUCCACUCUACCCUCCUUUGCCACUCACCGCUCAAGUCGCACACACCUGUAACGCGCUGUGCGUGCGGCCUGUGCGUGUGCGGUGGCAGGUGCUGACGGCGCUGGCGUUCACGUUCUUCGCGCAGCAGAGGGUGCAAGUGGCCGUCGUGGAGGUGGGGCUGGGCGGGGUGUGUGAUGCCACGAACGUGAUCCCAGCGGGCAGCCUGGCAGCGGCGGUCAUCACGGCCAUUGGCAUGGACCACGUGGGCGCGCUGGGAGGGUCGCUGCACAGCAUUGUGCGCUCCAAGGCCGGCAUCAUGCACGCUGCCACCCCGGUGGUGAUCGCCCCCCAGCCUCACCCCUCGGUCCUCCCACAGCUGCUCUCACUCGCCCACCGCCUGCACUGCCCCACCGUGCUUGUCGCUGCGCCUCACAGCAGCGACAGCAGCGCCAGCAGCGCCAGCAGCAGGCAUGGCAGCACAGUGUUGCGUGGUGCCGCCAGUAGCAGCACGUCGGCUGAGCUGCCCCCUCCUUGUGGUGGGCAGGGCAGGGCGGGCGAGUGGCGUGAGAGCAGUGGGGGGGCGCAGGGGGCACUUGGCCCUGCCCACGCGGAGGGGAUGGCGGCACAGGGGGGACAGUGGGGGGACAGCAGUGGGGCAUGGCUGGCACAGGGAGGGGUGCAGGCAGGCGUGGAGUGGCGGGAGAGAGGUGUGGCCACGGUUGGCGACAGCACAGAGGAGGAGCAGGAGGGUGGUGGGUGGCGCAUUGUGUCGGUGGUUGACUUUGCCGUGCACAUGCCAGUGCUCUCCGCCCAGCCCCACGCCUGCAAGGCCGCCAACGCCGCCACGGCGGUGGGCGUGGCGGUGGUGGUGCGGCACACCCUGGGCGCCAUGGGCAGCGCCAUCACACCCACCGCUGUGCGCCAUGGGCUGCUGUGCGCCCCGCUGCCAGGCCGCUUCCACGUGCUGCGUGCGGCGCAAGUGCGCGCUCUCAGGCGCACUGUGCUGGGGCGCACAGCAGGUGGAUUGGGGGGUGGCGGAGAGGGGAAGGAGGAAGAGGAAGGGCGAGGAGGGGAAAGAGAGUGUGGCGGAGGGCGAGGGAGUGAGGAGAGGGAGGCGGAGGUGGUUGUGGUUCUCGAUGGAGCGCACACGGGUGACUCUGCCGCAGCACUGGCCAGCACGCUGCUUCAAGUCUUUGGCGCGCCUGCCACUAUGCCUGCUCCUUCUGCCAGCAACCCAGUGCUCUCUGCUGCUGGGGAGGCCAGCGCCGGAGAGGAUGGGCACGCAGGAGUUGACCAUGGCGGGGGUUGCGAGGGCAGGGUGAAUGGUGGUGGCAUGGAAGAGAGCAGUGCGGCUGGGGGUGUGCAGUAUGUGUUUGUGAUUGCCAUGGCAGCCGACAAGCAACACCACGACUUCUGCUCUGCACUCUUCUCAGCCAUCCCGCCAGCAGCAGUGCUGUGCACGGCAGUGCCCAUCGCGGCGGCAUCGCAGCGGGCCAUGGCCCCCGCCGCACUGCGCUCCAUUGCACAGUCCCACCUGCCAUCCGCGCCCCUUCUUCCUGGGGACCCUGCACUGCCACGCCUUGCUGCGCUGCCUGACCUGCGCUCUGCACUCGCAGCCGCCCUUGCCUGUUCCACCACGCCACGGCAGCUUCCCCGCCACGGCAGCUCGCCCGGGAGGGAACGAGAUCGAGAACGCAACACAUACGAGGCUUGGGGUGUUAGUGGGCAAAAAGGAAAGCUUUCUGUGGGUAGACGGACGAGGGAGAGAGUGGUGUUGUGCGUGACAGGGUCGUUGCAUGCAGUGGGUGCUACGUUGGGCCUACUACACACUUGA